AUGAAUGUGAUACAAUCCAAUAUUUCCACCACAAUAAGAAGCUUCAACAUCUCAGAUGAUAUCCGAAUAGAGGUGAAAAAGUUUCGCACUAAUGCCAGCAUCGAUGAAGUGGACAUCGAAGACGAUGAGGAUGAUAUUUCGGUCAUUCAAAAAAUCCACAAAACAUUUGCCGACUCGCACAGCUCUGCAUACGAUCCUGCAACAUUAAAAUCGAUCAUAUCGCGCCUAGACGAAAUCGAGAGGAAGUUGGAAAACAUUGUCUACACGAACCAGCAAGCGGAAGCCCUAGAAUCUGCAUCGAGACAAGUGAACGGCCUGUUGGGGCAGCGCCAGACAAUAGUAAAUGUACCCUCCUCGAGUGGUGCCAUGGUAGGCAGCUCGGCCGAAGAUGGGUUGGAGUUGAAACUGGAGCUUGAUUCUGAUAGUGAGCUGAUCGGUGAAUUCAUCGAGCAGGAUGAGCUGAAACUUGUCGAGUUCCCCAUCAACCGGAUUGAGGAGUUAAGAGAGCUCGAGGAAUCCAUCACGACUGAUCAAGAGUCGUUUGUCUCAUUUGUAAAUUUCAUCAGUGCCACCGUGCAAAAACAUAAUCGCAAUUUGGAACUUGUCCUUAAGGAUUUCAUAACAGAAUCACUAAUUAACGAACUUGGAUAUAGUACCAGCAAAGAAUCGAUGCUGUCAUUUUACAUAUUCAACCAACUGCUUUACGAUAUCUGGAAGAACGAAUACUCCACUUUAAACGAUUACAACAACAAGCUGAAAAAUAUCGUCACUAAAACGCAGAACCGUAUGAAGCCAAAUAAAAACAAAAAAUAA